AAAUCUCCUUCCUCGCUCCCUGGUCAAUCGUCCCGCCCUACGCUAGGGCGCCACCGCCGCCGCCAUCUCCACCGCACCACCUCUCGCUUCCAAUGGCGCCGCCGUCGCGUCCUUUCAAUGGAGCUAAAGAGAACAUCACUGGCGACCGAGCCGAGCCUUGCGGGGAUGCUCCUCUGCUCUCUCCCUAACUCGCGGAUGUCCUCUUCAGCUCCUGCUCCGCGGCCACAGUCAAGGGGAAUAGCCGGAGACGAAGCCGAGCCCUGCGUGACUGCUCCCUUCCCGAUCCCAGCGAUGGCCUCUUCGGCCCCUGCUCCCCCGCUUCCGCCUCUUCUCUUCCCAGAUGCAGACUCAGGUUGAGGCAUACAUUUCAUCUGCAAAAAAAAUGUUUGAUUCAUGGUGCAAGUUGCUGUUGCUUUGUGGAUUUUGCUCUUUCUUCUACUAUGAAAGUAUGAAUUUUAUCCUGUAGUUUAAUUAUUAUCCGAGAGAGUGUAAGCUGCAGAUAAAUGUUUAAUCUCAAGAGAGAUUUGGAGUAUUUUUAUCUGAAAAAGUCUAUUUUGUUGCAAUAUAUGGACAAUAUUUUUAUCUCA